UGGAUAUUGCGCUCGCGCAUCGCGUCUCCACCACGUAUCUACGUGUUUACAUCUGGUCCGAGAGCAUUUCCUUGUUACAGGAGCCUCCUAUGCUAAUGCUACGUUAAUGCUAAGCUAACAGCCCAUUCCUCUCUCGAGUUGUCUCCUCCAAUCCGCGGCUACGCCUCAUCCUCUGUUCCCGGGUUUAAGUCUCUGACAGACCUACGUUCGUGCCGCCUCUUCGCCCGUUCGCCUCCGGGAUGUCUUUGUCGGAGAAGCCGGCCCCCGGCAGGCUCCUUCUGGACGACACCUCCCCUCUGACAGCGGUGAUCGAAGCCAGUCAGAACCUGCAGUCCCACACGGAGUACAUCAUUCGAGUCCAGAGGGGUGUGUCUGUGGAAAACAGCUGGCAGGUGAUCCGUCGUUACAGUGACUUCGACGUCCUCAACAGUAGUUUACUGGUCUGUGGCGUCAGCCUCCCUCUUCCUCCCAAAAAGCUGAUUGGAAACAUGGACAGAGAAUUCAUUGCAGAGAGGCAGAGGGGACUACAGCUGUAUUUGGACUCUAUUACCCAGCAUCCUCUGCUCUGUAGCUCCCUCAGUGUCAAGAAGUUCCUGGACCCAAACAACUACUCAGCCAACUACACAGAGAUUGCUCUGCAGCAGGUCUCCAUGUUCUUCAGGUCGGAUCCAAAGUGGGAGGUGGUGGAACCUCUGCGUGACAUGGGUUGGAGGAUCAGGAAGAAAUACUUCAUGAUCAAAAACAAAGAGCAGCCGAAAGACAGACACCUGCUGACCUGGGUAGAUCUGGGUCCUGAUAGGUUCCUGUCAGACAGAGACCUUCAGUCAGUGAUGAAGCUGCUGACCAGCCUUUCUAGCCCAUAUCUGUGUCCGUUGUUCUUCUCCAGUGUCAGUGAGUCGUCAGCUCUGCUCAUCCGACCCUUAAGUGAAAAAGGCUCUCUGAGAGACCACAUCUGUAAGGUGAAGCCGAGAGACAUUUACUUGAAGAAGUACUAUAACCCCAAAAAGAGCCAAGGUCUGGACCUGCCACUCAUCAAACUGUACGGGAGACAGAUCCUGGAGGCCCUGAAGCAGCUCCAUGAUGGUGGUUUGUACUUUGGUCAUCUUAAUACAUGCAACGUCAUCAUAGAUGAUGGUGUGUGUCGGCUGACGGACGUGGAGAAUGGCCCUCUGGGAGUUCCCUCAGUACUGAGACCCUUCUUCACACAACUCAGGAAGAUCAACACCACAGAGAGCAUCGACGUCUUCUGUUUCGGACACUUACUCUAUGAGAUGACGUAUGGUCUUCCUCCAGACAGCGUCCCCAUCGACCAGUACACUGAUAUACCCUACACCACAGUGGUGUCAGUGCUGCAGUCCAUUCUGUCCACAGAGGCCUGUAAGAGUGGGAUGCCCACAGUGUCACAGCUCAUACAGACACCGUUGUUCAGUGAUGUUCAGCUGCAGCAUUCAGACAAACACCAGAUCAAGGUCCCCAGUAGAAUAAAGGAAGUGUUGAAAACAGCCAAGGAGAGUUUGGAGAGGAGGCUGCUGGAGGAGCAGCGAGUGCUGCAUCAGCACAGAAGAUUGACCAGAGCCCAGAGCCACCACGGAUCAGAGGAGGAGAGGAAGAGGAGGAAGAUCCUGGCAAGAAAGAAGUCUCGACAGUACGCUUAUGAAAAUGAAGAAGACAUCUCUGUCAGAAACAAUAACAACUCUGGUUCUGGAGCCAGUUCACCUCCAACAUGCCCCUCCUCGCCAACUCCUCCAUCCACCACAGAUGCAGCUGGAUUCAUUGUGCAGCAGUAGCUGAUCCAAAAGAACAAACUGACCGAGACAGGUGUUCUGUGAGUUUGUAUGAGGUGUCUUAAAUAAAAGCAAAUGAAAGAUUAACCUGAGUCAGUGGUUUCACAUAUUCCUACUGAAGACACACUUUAGCCUCAUUUAUUGAUUUAAACCUUCAGAAAACACACUCUGAGGCUUUACUUCCACUUAUUCCCUCAUUCUCAAAGGUGUAUAAAACACACACACACACACCAGCAACACUUUACAACUGAAUAAAAACAAAUCCUGAUUUCACCUUGUAAGAGCAUGUACGGUGGUGUGCACCCGUAUACACCUGUAAUGAAUACAUGAGAUCACAGACGCUUCAACAGUCAUUUUUCUGCUGAAUAAGGGAAAACAGGACAUAUUUGUAAAAGGCCAACCCAGAGUCUCAGCUUACAUUAUAAUGUGUCAGUAUGAACAUUAACAGUAAGCAUUACACUUUCUAAAAUAACAAGUUAUCAUACAAGUAGAUUUCAUAGUUACCACAUCAGUAUUUGUGGGACCACUGCACCACUGCCGACACCUGCCAUGAUUAAAGUCUCAUAAAGUCAGUUGUUUUAAAAAAACAUCUUGGA